AUGCACACAAGGAUGUCAGGUCGAGGCCAAGCUAAUUUCCCUCUUCUCAUUGGUUUUCUUUCAAACCCAUUUUCCAGACAUUUCUUCAAGCUUCGAUUUCCACUCUGUCUGCUAAGUGCUAAGCAGUGAACAAAAGCCAAAGAGUGGAUAAAAGAUGAAGUUUGGAAAGGAAUUUGCAUCUCAAAUGGUGCCGGAAUGGCAAGGGGCGUACAUGGAUUAUGAUUAUCUCAAAACCCUGUUAAAAGAUAUUCAUACUUUCAACCAAAGAACCAAACCACAAUCCAUCCCACAUGGGCUGAAACGCAGCCUGUCAAUGUAUAGAGCUUUCAGUGGGUUGUUGAUUCACAGGCAUAGUCAACACCCACCCACUAGUCCACCUUCACCGGAUGUGGAAGAACAACCAAUUUUGGUGAACUCCGUGAACCGAAAUGGCUCCCACAAGGUUGAAACAACGUUCCUUAUGCAAGGAGACAAAGGUGGAGAAUACGAAUUGGUUUACUUCAGAAGGCUUGAUGAUGAGUUCAAUAAGGUGGAUAAGUUUUACAAGUCCAAGGUAGCCGAGGUAACGCAGGAGGCUGAGGUCUUGAACAAGCAAAUGGAUGCCCUCAUUGCUUUCAGAAUCAAAGUGGAGAAUCCUCAUGGAUGGUCCUGGCAAGAUCGGUCCGGUGACUUGACUCGUCUUGCCUCCGAUGUUGCCACAUCCACUGCCACACUCGCAGCUACGAUUCCGGCCGGUGCUAGAGCAAGCGGCAGAAGAUCAGUUGAGCACAUGGAGAUCAUCGAAGAAGGGCCAAGCGUCCACGAUGAGUCAGAUGAAGAUAAGAAAGAUACUGUAAAUAAAGAGAGUGGAGAGCAAAAUAUUGAAAAGCCAGUGGGUAGUAAGUUCAAGAAACAUAAACCAGCUCCAUUGCAGAUACUAGACCGUGUAAAAAUGAAUAACACACUUGCGACGCCUCGAUCCACCAUUAAAGUGUUUCUAAACGCCCCUAAACAGUCUGAUUUGAAGUUCGAUAGGGAGAAUCUCAAGAGAGUUGAGAAUAAACUUAAGCGAGCUUUUGUUGAAUUCUACCAGAAACUUCUCCUUCUUAAAAGUUACAGCUUCUUAAAUACAUUGGCUUUCUCAAAAAUCAUGAAGAAAUAUGACAAGAUUGCUUCAAGGAAUGCUUCAGAAUCUUACAUGAACAUGGUGGAUAGUUCAUAUCUAGGAAGCUCGGAAGAGGUUACAAAACUUAUGGAAAGAGUUGAGGCUACGUUCAUCAAACAUUUCGCAAACUCAAACCGCAGCAAAGGAAUGAAUGUUUUAAGACCGAAAGCUAGGAAACAGAGACAUACAACAACAUUUUAUACUGGUUUCUUUGCUGGAUGCACAGCUGCUCUCAUAAUAGCACUUAUUUUGAUAAUUCGUGCUCGGCAUAUCUUGGGUCAUGACGGAACGGACCAGUACAUGGAAACCAUGUUUCCACUUUAUAGUUUGUUUGGAUUCAUUGUCCUACAUAUGGUAAUGUAUGCUGGCAACGUGUACUUUUGGAGACGGUAUCGAGUUAAUUAUGCCUUCAUAUUUGGUUUCAAACAAGGAACUGAACUUGGGUACCGAGAAGUGCUGCUUGUCAGUUUUGGCCUUGCAGUAAUGUCACUUGGUAGUGUGCUCUCAAAUCUUGAUAUGGAGAUGGAUCCCAAAACUAAUGAUUAUAAAGCUUUCACCGAAAUCAUCCCUUUGAUCCUGGUGGUGGUGGUGUUUAUUAUACUAUUCUUUCCAUUCAACAUCCUGUAUCGAUCGAGUCGUUUCUUCUUCCUCACUUGUUUGUUUCACAGUAUCUUAGCCCCUCUGUACAAGGUCAGGCUUCCGGAUUUCUUCCUGGCAGAUCAGUUAACUAGCCAGGUUCAAGCAUUUAGAAGCCUUGAGUUCUACGUUUGCUACUAUGGUUGGGGAGAUUUCAGACACAGAGAAAACAGUUGCAAAACCAACGAUGUCUUCAACACUUUUAGCUUCAUUGUCGCUGUAAUUCCUUUUUGGUCUCGCCUUCUUCAGUGCUUGCGUCGGUUUUUUGAAGAGAAAGACACCUUGCAAGGUUACAAUGGGGUGAAAUAUUUCAUCACAAUUGUAGCCCUUUGUUUAAGAACUGCUUACAGUCUGAACAAAGGGUUAGGUUGGGAAAUAUUGGCUCUCGUGUUCUCAGUGGCUGCUGCCAUUGUUGGUACUUAUUGGGACCUUGUCUAUGAUUGGGGACUUCUCCAACGCCAUUCUAGGAAUCGAUGGUUGAGAGAUAGACUCCUUGUACCACGAAAAAGUGUCUACUUUGGUGCCAUGGUCCUGAAUGUUCUGCUGAGAUUUGCAUGGUUGCAAACAGUGUUCAAUUUCAAGAUAUUUGACUUGCACAGACAAACCGUGACCACCAUCGUCGCCAGCCUCGAGAUCAUCCGGCGAGGGAUGUGGAAUUUCUUCAGGCUAGAAAACGAGCAUUUGAAUAACGUCGGCAAGUAUCGAGCAUUCAAGUCCGUGCCAUUACCUUUCAACUACGAUGAGGAUGAAGAUGAAGAUAAAAAUGAAUAAAUUGUUUAGAAUUCAACAAGAAAUGUACAAGAAUACUAGUUAUACAUGUACAUGCAUUUGUCAUAAAUAUAAAUAUUUGCAGUAAAAAGAAAAUUAAUUAGUGAA